GUUUUAUUUUAUUGAGGGAGAAACAGAGACAGGUUAACUGGUUUGUCUACUGCUGCAGAAGCGAUAUCAAGUAACCAAGGCUAUAUAUCUGCUUCUUCUUCAAUUACUACUAAACUUCUUUAUUAAGAAACAUGUAUAUAGACACAUCCUAUGAGACAUGCUAGCUUGCCUUUCUUGGAAUGAAGGGAAAUAGAAAGUCAAUUAAAAUAUGAAAGUUUAUUUUCCUGGUGGAUUCACUAACAGAUUGAAAGAUACAGACAAGGUUAAAAAUAGAGUCCAUGUUAACGUGGGACAUAUAUGUGAUCUAUGUCCAAUGAGAGCACCUGGGGUAGGUAUUUUUUAACUAGAUAGUAGUUAUCUUCUAAACAGCUCUGCAAGUCUGUUUUAUUGGUUUCUCAAAAGUCACCUUCGUUACCCAGUUCUAAGCAGCAGUUCAAGUGCUUGGUUAUCUCCUCUGUAUCAGAAAUUAUAAGCGUACCUUUAACGGCCGUUUUAACAUAAGCCUUCAAGGCUUUCUAUCCUUUAAUUACCAGCUGAAGGAAGGACAAUCAAAUCAGAUGUUUUCUCACUUCUCCUUCUUAACCCAUACGUAAUCCUUUUUACUCCCUCUUUGCUCUUAGAGGGCUGUCCAUUCUGCUAUCUAUGCUGAGAAUAUUAGCGGUCCUCUUGUGAUUAAGACAGUGAUGCAACGAGAGUUAUUAAAAGGUAGUUAGUGAAGUAGAACAAGCAAGCUGUUCUAAACCUAGUAUAACCUGAAGCAAGCAAUGAAGUACCCUCUGGUUCCUUUGGUGAAUGAGCUGACCUUUCCUCUUCUUUUCUUCUGGUUUUGUUUGCCAUUUGUACUGCUAUUGAUCGUAAUGAUUAUCUGGCUACAGCUUUUACUUAAUGAAGAACAGAUACCCCCCGCAGUAGAAACAAAGAAACAAUCUUCUGAUGAGUCUGAUUCCAAAUUUGAAGAUGAACCUGCAGAGGAUGAAAACCAGAAUGACACAUCCUGUACAGAAUUUCAAGAGGAUGCAUGUUCAGUUUCAGACAGCUGGUCUCAGAAUCAGAAGAUAAGAUCCUCUCACAAUGAGAAGAGUGCUCUUUGUAACAUCAUGAUGCUGUUGUGCAGCAUGCUUUCUUCUCUUACCUGGAAUUUUCUCAGCCACUUGCUCCAGAUCUCUAAUGUCCUGAGGAUUCAACUGCUGCCAUCCUCUCUGAUUAUCCCUAUCGCUCAGCUUUUUGAUUUGCUGGGUGACAAUGCUGUGAAAAUCCUGGGCUCCUUGAAGCUUGAAAGCAAAGGGCUGUUAACUUCAGUCUUGGGGAUGAGAUGCAAGAAAACUGGAACGGUGAUGAAGCUCAGAGAACCACCUCAGGGUGGAAAUGAAAAAGGUAGUCCUGUGACCAUUGGCAGGAAUCCUUUUCAGCAUCAGUGAAAGCUACUACAGAAUGGCAGAGGCAGGUUAUUAUUAUCUUUUUAAUUAAAAAAAAAAAAUGGUAGUCAAUAUUAAGUUGAUGCAUGUUCAGGUCACAAAAGCUACUUUCCAAGUGAACAGUAUUGGCUGGCUGUAUAUUAAAUGGACCAUAGCCAGUAGCAUCUUGUCUGGUGCUUGAAUGUGUAUUCUGCUACACUCCCACUUCAGAGAAGGAUGAGUCUCUUUUAUAAUGACCAAACUCCCCUCUGGCACUAUUGAUACUUUCUGUUCACCACCAUUAACUGAUUUCAAGCCAGUAAGAACAAGGUCAUAACUCUCAGCAGCAGUUCUUACUGGAGCUUAAAUGCAAUACAGUCCAGUGAAUAUUUUACUUGUACUGCAAUCAGCACUUUUCUGAUCUCCAACUUGGGUGUUCUCAGAGUAGAAAACACCUUCUUAAAUGCUCAAUUCUAACACAUGAAGCAAGUCUACCUCCACUUAAGCAAUAAUUAAGCCCUUAGUGGAUGCAGAGCAUGCAUUUCCUUUGCUUCUAUCCAGAGUAUACCCUUUCAGUGCAUCUGACAAGCAGAUUUAAGGUUAGAUUGGUAGUCAGUGAAACAGCUCGGUUCUACCAGUUGGUGGGGCCACAAGUAAAUGGGCAGGAGUGGGAUAAGGUAUGGUUUUGUUCCCUGAAGGUUUAUCCAGCCAUGUCUAUAAAGAGAACAGCUAUUUGCUCCGUGUGUUGAGGCACACAUUCAACAGACUCUUUUCAAAAGAAGAGUUAAAAAUAGGGAGUCAUACCCCAAAAAAACACAUUGCCCCUUGAGAAAACAUUUGUCUCUACUCCUGAUGUAAACACGUCCCUCCACAGUCUUGCAUGGGAAGGCUGUUUUACUAACCCAUCCUAACUAUGGAGCAUGCCUUAUGUUUGCUUGUCUUUCCCUCUCCGUCCCCUGAGGUCCACGCACCAAGUAUUUACCCGCUGCAACGUACUUUUAAAUAAAAGCUGUUUGCUCACUA